AUGGUCUUUUAUGUGGGCUCCGGCGGCGGCGGCUCCGGCGGCGGCGGCAGAGCGGCUCAGGCGCCCCGACCCGCGUGCGCGCCGGGGGACCCCAGCCGGGACGCGCCGCCGCCGGACCCUGCAGGUGAGCCCGGAGGGGGAGAGCCGGGGCCGGCCUCCGUCCAUGGCGCCGAAGUGGCCCCCUGCCGAGAGGCCGAGAGCCCCGGGGUCCCUAACGCCACCAGCGCCCAGGGAGAGGACGCCUCGGGGCAUCGGCGCGCCGACGAGCCCCGGGCACCCCCCGAGCUGGGCGCUGGGCAGGUCCGGACGGCCGAGGAUGCUUCCAGGACAGGUGACGUUCAGAUAAAGACUGUCCCCCUUGUCGACUCCGAGUGUGGCAGCGGCCGCGCCUCCGCCGUCCCUGACCUUGCCUCUGUCGAUCCACCCUCAGACCCGUCGGCCGAUCGUAUUUGUUUGAUGUUUUCUGACGUGACUUCACUGAAAAGCUUUGACUCUCUUACAGGCUGUGGAGAUAUUAUUGCAGACCAAGAGGACGAGGCAGGUCCCAGCUGUGACAAGCAUGCCCCCGGGCCAGGCAAGCCAGUUCUCUCUAAAAAGAACCCCAGCGUGGUGGCCUACCAAGGAGGCGGGGAGGAGAUGGCGAGCCCGGAUGAGGUGGACGACACCUAUCUCCAGGAAUUCUGGGACAUGCUCUCCCAGACCGAGGACCAAGGACAAGGGCCCCAAGAGGGAGCGGCUAAGGCGGCGGCGGCGGCGGCGGCGGCGGCGGCACUGGACGCCAAGGUGGUGCCCGAGGCCGCCAAAGACGCCAGGUGUGCAGAAGCGGCCAAGGACGCGUCCUUGGUCAAGCGCAGGAGGCUCAACCGGAUUCCCAUCGAGCUCCAACCCAAGGAGGAGCCUAAGCGCCCGGAGAAGGAGCCGCAGGAAGGCGUCCCCAACAGUGACGAGGGCUACUGGGAUUCCACCACGCCGGGCCCGGAGGAAGACGGCCCGAGCCGCGGCAAGAAGGCGGGCAUCCCCCGGGACAGCGACAGCGGAGACGCGCUCUACGAUCUCUACGCGGAUGCAGACGGAAGCCCCGCGGCCCUCCCCGCCAACGAGGAGACGUCCUGCGUGUCCCGGUUAAAGCCCGUGUCUCCCGUCACCAUCACCUGUCCCCUGCGGACACCGGGCAGUUUGCCGAAGGACUCUAAGAUCCCCAUCAGCGUCAAGCACCUCGCGAACCUUCCAUCCAGCCAUCCUGUGGUGCACCCGCAACCGGCCAGGAGUGAGGUGCCCAGAACCAAAAUCCCGGUGUCCAAAGUGCUGGUCCGCAGGGCCAGCACCCGGGGCUUGGCUGGGGCCACCAUCCGGGCCGCGGCGUGCCACGACAGCGCCAAAAAGGUGUGAGGUCUCCGGCCGACCACACGUCAAGGAAUACAACUUGCCCUGGAAACCACUAAAACAAGUUCUGCUUCCCCUAAAGAAAGGCUUUUUAGGACUGCCCCUGCUCCAGAGCCUAGACUGACCUGGGGAGGUCUUCGUGGCCAGCUGGGGCAGGGGACACUGGAGAGGGGAUGCCACACAUGGGGUUCUCCUCCCCACGUAAGUCUCCGAUGGUUAUUUUCAAGCACUUUUUUUUUUCUUUUUUAUCUUUAAAAAAAUUUUUUUUUCCUUUCUUUUUUCUUUAAUGCACCGAACGCUGGGAAGUCACCUUUACUUGCCUUUGCAGAAAACAGGAUUUAACCAAACCCAAGUAAGCAUCACAUCAUAUGUGGCUGUGCCAGGGUCCAGAGGGCCUGGAGGAACCUUUGCCAGAACCAGAGGAAUCCUCCUCUUCCAUGAUACUUUCUUUCCUUCCUUCCUUUUUUCUUUUUUCCCCUUCCAGGAGGAAAAAAAAAAAAAAAAAAAAAGACCCUUUGCUGUAUCACUGUGUGGAAAACACCUACCGCCAAGCUGAAGGAGCCAGGUAUUACCUGAUGGAUAGAGGGCAUCAUUGAUUGGCUGAAAAUUUGCCUUCUUUCAGUUGCUAGGUAUGCAAAUAGGUAAAUAUCUACCACUGGGACAAGAAAGGAGAGUUUUAGUUCUGUUGGUUUAGAUCAUUUGGGGAGAAAUAAAACGCUCAGCAGAGCAGGGUUUUUUUUUGUUUUUUUGUUUUGUUUUGUUUUGUUUUCCCACCCUGAGCAGAAAUCAAGAUUGGGGAAAGAUUUCACUAAAUGCCCAUAGACCCAGUAUUUUAGCAUUUAUAAGCAGUCACCUUUUCAUGUGUAGAUAAUGCAUAUUUUACAGUUUAUGCUGCUGUUAAUGUUUUAUAAUCUGUCUGUAACCUGGAGUUUAAAAUCUGGUUUUAUAGCUAGAUACAGAAACUGUCCCCAAACCACUGAUGUUCUUUUUUGUGCUAUAACUUGAAGCAAUUCUGUUUUGUGUUCUCUGGGUUCUCUUUGCCAGAACCAGAUGCAGGAAAAAAAAAAAUCUAUUGUGCUGAUGUUUCAGAGCAAUGGUUCUGCCUUGUCUUGGGUUAAGAGUCUAUUUGUUUCUCACCCCCAACCUUGGUUUUCAGAGAUUUCAAAUUCAUUCUAACAGUUUGUGAAUUCUACCAUCCCUCAAGGUGAGGAGUCCAAAAUGAGGAACACAUAACAAAGAACAAUAGAAAAAUAUUGUUUCUCAUGACAUUUGACUUCUGCUUUAUAGACCUAUGGCUGAGAUAGGUAUGAUGUUCAGAACAUGACACUGGCAAGCUUAUGCAAACACUAUAUGCCAAUAUUUUUUUCUGAAAAGUGGCUGACUUUGUAUUCAAAUUCUCUAUUAUUUGUGGUGAAGCAUUUAUUUCAGAAAGGAUUCCCAUGCGCCUGGAUAGCUUGAACGAUUAACCGAAGCAUUCCUAGAAUGCUGUUAGUGUCUAAUGAUUCUGUAAUAUCGUCUGAAAUGCACUUACUUCAGUGUAUUUAAUCAAAAGACCAGCGCUCAUAAGCUAGGAUGUGAUUCAUAGUAUCAUGAUUAUUAGAUAUAUUCAAGGGAAAUACACAUGUGUAAAUGACAUAAACACUUCUUUAUAACUCUUGUUUUCCAGAGAGGUUGCCUAAGCAAUGAACUGAUAUUACACUUUUUUUGUUUUCUUAUUUUUUUUUUAUAAAGGAAAGAAUAAGCAUAUGAAAGUUAAGUAUAGAAAAACCUAUUUUCAUAAUAUGAGAGAAGUGACAAAUAGACAUCCGAGGAAAACAGAUUUGAGCCAGUGGCACAAAGCAGGUGGUUCCCCAUUUUAAAUUUGCAGUGAUUCAAUUAAAAGAGGUGGUAGAGAUUUGCCGAAUUUCUUUAUUAGUCAGAUUACUGGUUUUUAUUGCAUUAUGUCAGACCCUAAUGUUAUUUCAAAGUAAUGUUUUAAUAUUUAAUUUCCUUAUGUCUAUAAAUGAGGUCCUUUACUCAGACAUGGCCUUAAGCACUCUGAAUACACCACUAGGAAUUCAUAAAGCGACUCACACUCACACGUGCUCAUGCACUCAGCUGUGCACAAACUAACAGACAAAGGCAUCUCCUAUAAACUUGGAAGUAUUUUAGAAAUUAUUUGUGUCUUGAGAAAGGGAUUUAAAUUGGAUUUAACACUGAUAGUGCUAUUUAGACUCAAAAUGCAUUCAUUUUCCCUUGGUAAAGAACAUAAAUUUCAUUCCCAACUGUAAAACAAAGCAUCUUUAUUUUCUUCUUGCGCAUUUUCUUGCAAAGGUUAUAUUCUCCUCUGCCUGUAUCCAUGACAAAGUUGUUUGUUCAUUUGUUCCAUUAUCCAGGAAAGUUAAGAUAGCCGAAAUACUGAUGAGACUCUUGCAAUAGUAAAAGCAAUCUAUCUACUUAUUUUGUAAGCCCUGGAACAAACUUUGCUUUCACAGACUUGAGGCUUAUUUCUGCAUCGACACCACUGUGCUGUGUCUUUAUAGAAGUAAGGAAAAUGUCGGCAAAGUUUGCCUUAAUUUCCUCUUGCCUGUCAAUUAACCAGUUAUACAACCUUAGACUAGGGAUCCUGGUUGUUUUUCUGUCGGGAGCUACUUUUGCCCUUUCAUGUUCAUGCAGAGUGUAGUUUAGAAUUUUGAUAGAUUUCCAUUUCAAUUAUUAUUAACCCAUUACCUAAUUCGGCUAUAUUUCCUGUUUUUUUUUUUUUUUUUUUUUUAAGGACAGGGUUGGAUAUGAGGUGAUGACACUUUUCCUGUGUCAUGUAUGAUUCUGGGAUACUUGGUUGAUUAAGCCGCUUUAGUCAAUGAGCUGGCCAAAUUGGGGAAAAAAAAAGUCAAAUCAAUUGUGUGCCCUGAAUAUAUCAGUCAGUUUAAUAGCUCUGCACAAAGACGGCCUGAUUUUAAUGUCAACGUGACACAGACAGUGUAACUCUGCUCGGUGCUGAUGGUGGUUAUGCUUUCUUUCUUCCCUUAGUGCCAAAAGGGAGAAAUUUUACUACAGCUUCUGAAUAAUCGCUAGAGGAAAUAGGUUUUUAUUAUUUCACCUAAUAACAACAAUAGACCAUAGAACGUUAAGGAUUUCCGUUAGAAACAUUUCCCAGGAAUUAUCUGCCUACUUAAGUACAAAGCAUUUAACAUCUUUGAAGGUGAUGACUUACUGAGUUUAAAGGGUUUAUUCAUUAAUCUCAGAAGUAGUUUUCAAGUAUUUGCAUGUAAAGGAAUAGUCAAAUAGCCCUUUGCUUACACAGCUAUAGAGGUAAAAAGGCUCUAUUAGGUAUCAAGAGUUCUUUGAACUUUCUAAGAGUUUUUUGUUAUUGACGACUUCGAUUAAUUUUCAGAGACUCUUUAAUUUUGUAUGGAGACUUGAGUAAUGGAGUUUAACGUGCUCUCCCUUAGUUUCCUUCGUGUUUGCUCAGUGCCCUCAGAGGCCUGUAAUGCGACCCUUCUCACGAUGUAGCAUGUUCUGACAUUCGCCUGGCGGACCUCAUUUCCUGUUUGUUGUAGUCAUUCUAGAUUUCUCUCCUGAAUGACGGCUGUCUGGACUUGGGCCCCCUGCGCUUGGCUGCAACUGAGACAGGUUCUAGUACAUUCACAUAUACUCCGCUUCCCUUAUCGCUGUUAUGAAAUUAAUUCAGGAGCUUUAUGCUCUUAAACAUAAGGAAGAAAAGGGAUCAUGGUCACCUCUUAUCACUACUGAGAAUGGCCGAUUAAAAGUUCCCGGAUGAGAUGAGAGGGAAAACGCAGAUACCUCAGCCUAGCCCGCCUUCUCUUCCCCUUCUCCAGGCAGACCAAGGCACGGACAACACGGUUCUCACUUAGAAAUUUUCAAUUCAUUAUGCGAAAAUAUUUAUAAAACAGUUUGAGACCAAAAGGCUAGUAUGGCAGACUAGUGUCUUAAUGUAGUCUGUGUGGGAAAGCAGGAGGCAAGCAUUUCCUUCAUAGUGGAAAGAACGGUAAUAGUGUCCAGUGACAUGCCAGUGUGGUCUCCCUCGAGGGUAGUGAUUGAGCCUGCCACCCUGUCCCGCUCCGAAGACUUUCUGAUGGCUUCGUGGAUGGCUUUGCAAAGCCUUUUCACUGUGAGAAUAGUUUAAAGGCGACAACUUGUUGCAACAAUAGCCAUUUAUGAGGAAUAUUAUUAUCUCAUUGCACAUAUGUUUUUAAAGAGUGAUUCACAAUGAUAGUUUCACGAUUAUGGAAAGGAGUUCCUUCUCAAACUGAAAAACGAAAGAUUAAAAUAGUCCUCAAAUCUCCAGAACUGAAACUGGGCCCAUUUUAUGACUGAUAUUUACUUUAAUCCAAUGCGGCACAUAUUCAUGGGGCAUCUAAUACUUCAUAAAAACCCGUUCAGUAUGGACUUCGUACAUAGCUAUCCUGUAAUUGGAUUUAAUAUUCAUUAAAAGCAACUUUAUUUUACUUUACCUACCUGUUUUUGUAUUUGUUGCCUAUAGUUUGUGGGGUGGAGCAGAAUGGGGUGAGGCUGAAUGAGGGCAAUAUGGAUUAAGCUACACAAUUUCCUCUGAAAAUAGUAAUUAUAACAAUGACUAACGUUCGUUAAUGAGUUGAGUACUUACUAAGUGCUGGUGACUGCUAGGAGCUUCACAAAGAUUUACUCGGGCUUCUUAAGAGCCAUCUAGGUUAGGUAAUAUUGUCUCCUUAAUAUCACAUCUUUAAUUCGUCUUUUUUGUUUGUUUCUAUCCCAUUCCACCCCACCCCAUCCCUGCCAUUUCUUCUAAUCUCUGGGACGGGGAUCUAAACUCUUCAAUGACUUAUGAUAAUUCAAGAGCUAAGAACUGUUUAAUGUUAUUACCAGCUCCCUUUCAAUAGGAAAAAAGCUAACUCAGGUCAUGAAGCCGGAAGUUGGUUUUGUGUCUGAGAUGAGGGCGCUCACGUCACGGACAGAGAAACCUGUCCCCGUUGUGCGGUUAGUAGGCAGAAACCUGCCUUCCUGUGGAGGUGUCUCCUCCCUCUGGGGCACACCAUCAGAAGUAUGGACAGAAACCUCUUCUGUUGUCAUGGUGACACUUCUUCCUUGAUAAGAUGUCAGUCAUUCCAAGCACGUAUCACUUGUUUUCCACCGUAAGCCCGGGGUACGUUUGUUCUGCGUGUUCUGUGUAAUUUGUUUGGAUAAGAACUAGUUGAGUGAUCCUUUGCUUUGAAACAAUUCCCAACAUUAGAGAUACGCUCCUGGCUCUUUCAGAAGUACAGUGUCCUACCUUCUGUCUACAGCCAUUGAACCCCAGCCUAUAUUUUCUGAUUCAUUAAUUCAUGCAACUAACUGUUAUGGAACACCUAUAAGUAUGUCAUCAUGAAUUUGAGUAUUUUAUAUUAAAUUAAAAUGAACACAAAAUGGGUGUUUGCUCCGUGCCGAGAUGGUGCUCUGUGCUUUCUUUUCCACUGUCCUCUCCAGCAAGGUGGCUCUUGGCUCCAUUCUACAGAGGAAGAAAAUGAUGCUCGCAAAGGUGAAAUAUCUUGUCCAAAGUCACCCAUUUAAUAAGUAAUGGACAGAAUUCGAACCAGAAAUCUAACUCCACAACUCAUGCUUUAAUUUAUAAAUCUUUUAUUUUAGCCAUAAGACUCAAUUUUUCUAUAACUUGUUUUAAGUUAGAAACUGAUUAAAGUUCUGAACCACAAGAGCCAAACCAGAUUUUUAUGAUUGUGAAAACUGUUAAAAUGACGACUAUUUUAAUUAAAAGUGAACUUUUAAAAAAAAAAAAAUUACUUGGUGGUUUUAUACCUGCGGGUCUAACAGGGAGAUCUCAGAGUCCAGCAGGUUUAUUUCUCACCUGGGCCAGUCAACAUUUUGGACUGUAUUCACCAGUUAGAGUUCCAUACUAGCAGAUCCAUGUACAGAUCUUAUAAUCUGACGCCUGCCUCGUCAAUCAUAAAAUCAAAAGCAAUUUCAAUAGUGAAUCCAGCAGGUUGCGACUUGAGUUUUCUUCCACUCUCAUUCCGUUCUCAGUAUUUGCCAUUCUCAGUAUUUGGGGAAAUUUGGUUUGAAAUGGCAUCACAGUGACAAUUAGUGAGGUUAUUUUACUGAUAUAUGGGCUAGCUACGCUUGGU